AUGGCGCGGUCCAAAGAGCUCACACCUGCUAUACGUGAGCGUAUAUGCGAACUCCAUGCCAUUGGGUGGGGGUAUAAGCGCAUUCAUACCCGCUAUCCCGACAUUGCGCUCUCUACAAUCCGAUACACCGUGAAAAAGGAGAAAGAGCGACGAGAUGGCGUGUCAAAGCCGCGAUCUGGCAGGCCGAAAAAGCCUACCGAAGCUGAUAAAGACCGGAUCUUGAAUGCUACCCACAAAGACUAG